UUGUUUUGAUCGAAACGUGAGAAGAAGGCAGAUAUGGCGAUUGUUUUGGUCUUAGCUGGUGGUGUAGGCAUAAUUCAGGUCGCUUUUAUCAUAACUACGAUCCAAAAAGCUUGUCCUGGAUUAAAUAAGUAUUCUGCAGUCCGUCAAGCUAUAAGAAUCGUUCAAGUGAGCCCGUUUGUUCUAAUGAUCGCUUCUGCAAUUUGGCUGUUUUUUCUCGUGUUUCUGCCUGUGAAAUUAGAGAAUCCGUAUUCAUCAAAAGAAGGACUAUUUCUAAUCAUCACCGCAAGUUAUUUAUGGCUUAAUGUGACGUUUAAUUAUUUUGCUGCAAUGUUAAAAUCGCCCGGCUAUCCGUUAACCGUUUCUGAAAUGGAAGAAAGUGGAUUAUCACCUGAGGUCGACAGCAUCCUUUGUUACAAGUGUGAUCGAGUUAAAGCAAGUGACACGCAUCACUGUGCCACGUGUAGAUCAUGUGUUACAAUGAUGUGUCACCAUUGCCCAUUCACCAACAACUGUGUUGGCUUAAAAAACUAUUCAUAUUUCUAUCUUUUUAUUUGCUUCAGUAAUGUUGGGCUGUUAUUUUCUCUCUAUAUGACCUAUGACCCAUUCUAUCAUUGCAUGGUUUACAAUGGAGAGCACCUGUCUUUGUUACCAUGGUACCCACCUGGCAUUUGCACGCAGCUGGGUGACUUUGCUGUCAUAUUUAUUCCAGUGGCUUUUAUGGCCAUGUUUGGUGGAGCAAUGUUUGUGUUACAAACACUCCUGCUUCUCACAGACUUCUCAACAAUUGAUCUUUUGACAAAGCUACAGCGUUCACCAAAUCUAUGGCACUUUGGCAGGCUGAUUCUUGACAGAAUGGUUAAACAUAAAAAAAGAAGGUUUAAAGUGAUGUUCUGGUACUCUCGUGAGCGUUGGUGGCAAUUCCUUGUGCCAAGUUUUAAUGUUCCAUCAAGGCAUUUAGAAACAAUCAAACUAAUGGUCUGACUUCACAAUAAAAUGUAUUAAUUCUUCCAGUUAGUCAAACAAAAUACUAAUAGCAUGUCAAUAAAUAUUUAUUUUAUUUAAAUUUUAUGCAGACUUCAUAUGUACAU